UCUGAAGACUUCCCGUGCCCAAGAGAAGGAAGCCCUGAGGAAGUUAGAUCGUCUGAAUGACUAUGAGCAUCAGAUUCAAAUACUGCGGGAUGAGAUUUCUAUUCUGGAUGCCCAAAAGUCUGUUCUCCAGAGCAGGCUUGCACGGAGCUGCUCUCCUUCCCCAAGGCACACUGGGAGCAGGUCACCUAGUCCACUUCCCCUGAGGAGCUGCUCACCUGGCCGAGCCAGGCGUACAAAUGCUUCGCGUCGUGCCUGCCUGGUGGCUCGCUUUGGUGACAUUUAUGCUCAAGAACGCUUGGAUGCAGAGACCCUUUUGAGGACAUACAUCAGUGACAUGGAGAUGGUGCAGAGGAUAAUAUACAUUGCAGCUGUGGAGUCUUUCCAUGCAGCAAAGAUGGCCUAUAGGCAGUUCAAAAUACGUGUAAGAGAGACUCUGACUCUAGGUCACUCAGGGCCUGAGUCACUUGAAGACACUGUCCUGGAUUAUAUAGUUCGCCAUGAGGAUCUGUAUGACGUUCAAGCCAGUGUCAAUGAAGUAAUUCGCUCCAUGAACAUCAGCCCAAAGAUUUCGUUUCCACCAGAAAUUGAUUUCAUUGUGAUCAGCGCUUUGAUUCGAGAAUUGUGCCGUGUGGCUUUUUCAAUGCAGACACUCGUUCCUCCUCUUGAUGUUGCCUUUGGUACUGAUGGAGAGCUUUUCAGUGAGACCAAGUACCACCGUAGUUUUGACUCUGAUUUCACAGCUGCCUUGGUGGCCUAUCAUGUAUGGCCUGCUCUGAUGGAAAAUGAUGUUGUAAUUGUGAAGGGAGAAGCAGUCACAAAAAGAGGAGCUCUGUGGUCUCAUGGAAGUAGAAGUAGAAGCAGAAGCCGCAGCCGUAGCACCAGUCCUCUUCUAUCUCGUCAUUUGUCUCGAAGCCGCAGUCCUUCACCACUGAGGAGUGGAAGCCCAA